GGUAGACCUGCAAUACUGCGAUCCAUUCAAGAUAUCAAAUUCUUUUUUUGACAAUUCCCUUUCUUUUCGUAAUUUCCCGUUUAUUCGUGCCUAUGUGGACCUACUCCUUCAUUAACAAAGAAUCGGUCGACAGUUGGACUGAGCAAAUAACCAGUCGUGAAAGUUUACUAUUCUUACAAAAUGGCCGAAACAAAUCAAAGCAGUGAAGAACUUCUAGAAAACUUUCGGCGACAAUGGGAAGCAGAACUUUCUGUUGCCAGGAGUCAACAGGCUGAAACACAUGGCAAUCAAGGCAAAUCCACAUCAAUACCAGUUCAUAAUCAGGAAGAGGAAUCUGUAACUGAGAAGAACAUUAAAGUUGCAGAAAAUGAGGAUGAGGCAGUGAGCAUGUACUUGCAGGGAGUAAAAUAUGAAAAAUCUGGAGAUGUGGUGAAAGCCAUUCGAUUUUACAAGCAGGCCAUGCAAUUAGUCCCAGAUAUUGAAGAAAGAAUUUAUACAUAUCAAGAAAGCAAAGUAAUAAAUCCAUUCCUUCUGACCAGAGGAGCCGCAAAAAUAUCGAUAUUGGACGUUCCCUUUGCCAAUGACAAUAAUAACGCCGACGUUGUUGACGACGAACUUCCGAACUUCCAGAGAGUUUGCCCCCCGCUGGAGGAGCCAAAGGUUACCACCCACAUAUCAGACUUACCGCGCGAAAUCAUUGCCUACCUGCUGAAAUGGGUCGUUUCGUCUGAGCUUGAUCUUCGUUCGUUGGAGCAAGUUUCAUUGGUUUGCCGGGGGCUUUACGUAUGCGCCCGAGACAGCGAGAUAUGGAAACUCGCAUGUCUUAGCGUCUGGAAAAAUGAAUGCAAUCCAACAACGUUGGGCUUCAGUGGAUACAGGGAUAUGUUUAUCCAUCGUCCUCGUCUUCACGUCCUCGUCUUCUUCAGUGGCUGUUACAUCAGUAAAACAUCGUAUGUCAGGCAGGGAGAGAACAGCUUUCAAGAUACGAAUUACCAGCCCUGGCAUAUGGUGAACUAUUUUCGCUAUUUGCGCUUUUAUCCGGACUGCACAGCCGUCAUGUAUACUACGGCCGAUAUGCCUAGUUUAGUCGUUUCGAAACGAUUAAAACGAAAAGAUCCGUCCUGUUUCCGCGGAUUUUACACACUCCACGGCAAUAUUGCAACAUGCAUAUUCAAACGUAAGCGGGUUCCCGAACGACCUGAACGCAUUGAGAAUAUGAGGCACAGAAGAAGAAAUGAGGAGGCCAAUAAUAAUGGCAGCACAAUUGCUGAACAAAUUUUCGAAUUAGAAUUGGAAAUCAAGACGGUCAAGAAAAAACUUCAUUGGGCACUCCAUUGGAAACGUUAUGCAAUCCAAACUGUUUACCAAGAUAAAGAUCCAACGACUGCAGAUUUCGAUAUUACCGCCUCACGUUUCCCGCCCCUGAUCUUCAGUCGUGUAAGAUCGUACAACGCCCUCAGUGAAAACCUCUUUAAAUACGAAAACAAGUUCUUUCCACUCAAUUGCAAAUACGUUUGACGAUUGCCUGUGCCUGUGAAAAGCUCUUUUUAAUUUGAUUUUUUUACUGCAGAAUGAGAAAUUAAUUUGUUACAACGGGAAAUGAAAGAACUGCUUAACGUUA